AUGCAAGCACUAUGUUCAGAUUGCACUCUUCAGGUGCCCAGAUUCUCAAUUAAAGCAACUACUCCAAAUUUUGCAUCUUAUCUGUCCACCCUGAGGCCCUCCAAUGCUGGAACCAGAUUGAGUUUCAGUUUUGGUUGUGGGAUUUACAAACCCCAUAGGAUGAGUAGGUGUGAUGGCUUUGGGGUGCUGUGUGCAGCCUCCAAUGAAGAAAAUGAUGAUGGAUUUUACAUGAGAAGAUGUGUAGAGCUUGCAAGGAAAGCUGUUGGGUAUACCAGCCCUAAUCCAUUGGUGGGGUGUGUUAUUGUAAAGGAUGGGAUAGUUGUUGGUGAAGGGUUCCACCCCAAAGCAGGACAACCUCAUGCUGAGGUGUUUGCUUUGAGAGAUGCUGGUGAUUUGGCACAUAGUGCAACUGCUUAUGUGAGCUUGGAACCUUGUAACCAUUUUGGUAGGACGCCACCUUGUACUGAAGCUCUAAUUAAAGCCAAAGUGAGUAAGGUUGUUGUUGGGAUGGUGGAUCCAAAUCCCAUAGUUGCCUUCAAAGGGGUGGAAAGAUUGAGAGAUGCGGGAAUUGAAGUUGUUGUGGGUGUAGAGGAAGAGCUGUGCAAGAGCCUCAAUGAGCCUUAUAUUCAUCGCAUGUUGACCGGAAAGCCUUUCCUUCCUUUGAGAUAUUCUCUUUCUGUCAAUGGAAACUUUUUGGACUUACUUGGGAAUGGAGCUACAGACUGUGGUGGAUACUAUUCAAGGCUAUUACAAGAAUAUGAUGCAGUGGUAAUCUCUUCUUCCUUUUUCACUGAAAAAUUGAAAGUACCUGCAUCUCAAGAACCUGGAGCCAAUCAACCGAUUCGGAUUGUAAUACAUAAAGAUCCUAGUUCUUUAAAUCAAAUUCCACCAGGCAUGAAUGACUUUACUGGCAAGAUGAUAAUCUUUACAGACAAUAAAGCAGAAACAGCUCCAGAAGUAGCUCAACAAGGAAUUGAAACUGUAGCUCUGGAUCACAUAAAUCUGGAUGUGAUCUUGGAUUAUUGUAAUAGUCAAGGAUUGUGCAGUGUGCUGUUAGAUAUUAGGGGGAGUUUCGGUGAGUUUGAAGAGCUUGUUAAGGAGGGUAUCAAAAAGAACUAUAUUAAUAAAUUUAUUACAGAAAUUUUGCCUGUUUGGAACAGACGUUCUGAGCCAGAUCCUCUACAGACAUUAAAGAGCUUAGAGCAAGGAGUGAAAUUACUAAAUUUGAAGUCCAAGGCCUCUGAACAGAGUGUUGUAAUUGAGGGAUAUUUUAAAUGUGAGUAA